UCUGUAUUAUGUUUAAUGAUAAUAGAUUUGGGUUUUAUAUAUUCUUGAACAAAUUUCCUGAUUAUAUAUGGGUUGUGUAUGCAAACAAAUGAUAUUUUAUAUAAACAGUCCAACCAAUAAAGAAAUUUUAAUGGGAAGUGGGAGAUUUUGGAAGAAAGUUGACAAUCUGCGGACAUGGGUUUCACGUUGAGUGUAUAUAUAUGUGGUUGUCUUCUCAUUCUACUUGCCCUCUCUGUCGAUCCCCUGUUCUCCCCGUCUCAGACCAAGACAACCUCAAGCCGACCGCUAAUGGCGUGGAAGAAGAAGAAGUAGAGGUCAGAUUGCAACUGUUUCAAGCUGGCGGAGAAGAGAACUUCGCCGCCGAUGUUCGGAGAUGUUCACAGUCUCUUGCUGUGUUGCAAGAUAAUCUCAAGAUAGGAGUUGACGACGUAGUCGGAGAAGGAGAGGUCAUAAUUGAAGUGUUAGAUGAGGAAAUCAACGUGGGAGGGAUCAGAGACCAACGUCAUCAACAUCUAGUUCGUCGAAGAGGAUGUAGAAGUAGAUCGGAAUGUAGCAAGACAUGACCCUGAAACUUCUCACAUUACUUCAAUCCAAUCAUCCCCUAAAGCUAAACUAUUCACUCUCAGUAAAAGAUAAGGUGCAUAGACAAAGAGUGGUCACACAAUGGAAAACCAAGAAGAGGCAAUAAAUGGAUAGAGUUAGUGAUGACGUUGCUAAGCGUAUUAACCUGAACCAACUGUCUUAACCUGUAAGUCUUGCACAUUUUAACUUCCUAAACGUAUAUAAUGAAAAUGAAUGAUUGGGCCCUAUGACUAACACUAUGUUUCAAGAAGGUGUGUCACUAAAACUAUAACCCAUUUUGGUGUUAGUUGAAAGUAUGCGUCUAGGUGGUUGCAUUGAAGGGAAAUGUUCAAGGAGGACUUAGAGCUGAAGAUAAGGAGUUUAUGGUGUUGAUAGAGAUGCUUUGAUGCAAGUGCUUAAACUAGAUAUAUCAAGAUAGCUAUGGGAGGGUGUGUCUGACCAAAUAUAUCAACAACAUACCGAAUGAGAAUGUCUCCCAGAUUUGGUCUAAAAAAGAUUUUUGGCUGUAUGGUUGAAACUCUGUGCACCAUCAGAGAUGUCCAUUAAUAGCAGAAGAUAUUUGUUUUCU